UGGGGCAUGGGCAGGAGUAGUAGCAUGCGGGUACCGGAUCUACCUUCAGAUCCGAGGAUGUACAAAGAGGCAGGAGGGACACAAAAGAAAAUAAAGGAGAUGUUUAGUGGAGGGGAUGUGAGGAAAAAAGUUGAAAAAUUUAUAGCAAAAUUUUUUAUAUACGAUCAAAUCCCCGCAAAUGCCGCAGCAAGCCCGCACUUUAAAAAUAUGAUAAGUGAAGUGCAGCGUGGGGGUGAGGGUGUGCAGCCUCCCACACCCGCCCAGAUCAUGGGAAAAUACUUGGAUGAUGAACAUGCAGAAAUGAAGACAUACAUUGAUUCGUAUCGGCAGUCAUGGGAGAUGUACGGCUGCACCGUCAUGUGUGACGGUUGGACCGGACCGACGAAGAUGUCGAUUAUAAAUUUUAUGGUCUAUUCCAGGGGACGGGCGGUGUUCCUAAAGAGUAUAGAUGCGAGUAGUAAGAUCAAGGAUUUUAACUACAUUUACAAACUAAUGCACAACGUCAUGCAAGAUGUUGGGAGGAGAAAUAUUGUGCAGUUUGUUACGGAUAAUGGGAGUGCAUUUGUUAAGGCGGGGAAGGAUAUUCAGAGCAAGUAUCAUAUGUAUUGGACCCCCUGCGCAGCCCAUUGCAUCGAUCUCAUGCUGGAGGCGAUCGGGGAUAGGCCAUCGGUGAAGACUGUAAUUACUGAUGCACGGCUCAUCACAAACUUUGUAUACAACCACAGCUGGUUAUUAGCCGCAAUGCGCGAGAGGUGUGGUGGGGAUAUAGUGCGCCCCGGAGCGACGCGGUUCGCCACAAAUUAUAUUGCCUUAAGUAGCCUUCUCAAACACAAACAGGGGUUACGAGAGCUUUUCGCCUCUCAUGAUUAUGUAGAAUGGAAAAAGAGGUUGACAAAAGUAACCUAUAGAAUUGAGGAGUUGGUGCUGGGAAAUUCAUUUUGGGAUAAAGUGCGUGGUGUUGUGGGUAUUAUAGAGCCUAUUUAUGUGGUGUUGAGGAUGGUGGACAAUGAGACAAAUCCGUCGAUGGGGUCGUUGUAUCCGUCUAUACAGCUGAUGAAAGAGGCUAUCAUGGUUAAAGCUCCCAAUGCAUAUAAGUGGGUGCAUGCAAUAAUAGACGAUCGUUGGGAAAGGACGCUUUCUCACCCACUACAUCAGGCUGCGUAUUUCCUAAAUCCCAAAUACCACUAUGGCCGGAACCUCUUCGAAGAUAAUUCAUUAAAGAGGGUUGUGUAUGAGGUGUACGAUCACUUAUUCCCCGACUGUCCGGCGAAAGGCACCUUUGGUAGUGAGGUAAAUAUGUUCCGCAUUUACAUUCUCCUUAUCUUCAUCUCAAUCAUUAAAUACUUAUUCUAGUUGCUAUACGCCAUCAACAGAUUGUUAAAUUA